CAGAUAGACAGCUGAAGCACAUCUCCUCAUCACUGCAAUUAAAGCGUUUACUUCAGAUGAUGAUGAUGAUGAUGAAGAACUGACGCGCAGUUUUACGCGAGAGUCACCAGGAGCCCUUCUGGAGAGGUUUAGUGGCAUGGACGAUUAAUCGCUUUGCAUCACCCCUACUGAAACGCAUCCCCACCAUGGGGGACAGGCUGGGCCGCCAGACCCCUCUGCUAUCCCGUGGACGUACGUUCGGAUGGUCCACUUCCAGCAACAGCCUCAAACUAAAGAGCUGCGGCCACAACGGCCACGACUUCCUGCACAGCCUGGAGGAGGCAGCAGUGCCCAGCGCUUCCCUCACCGCCGCGCACUCUCCUGUUUCACUGGAACUGGAGCCCGUGGUGAAUAAUGGAUCAAGCGCGCCCGUCGCUCCAGGUGGCCACACAAAGGAGCCACCGGCGCACAGCGAGCGCUGCCAGCCCCUCUCCAUCUCCACCGUCCCCGGAGAGACGCCGCCGCGCCCGCUUCCCGUCGCCGCCCGCUUCACCCACAGCCCUUACCACACCAAGACUAGCAUGCAGGGCGAUGUGUACAACUUCCUAGAGAGACCCGCCGGCCUGAGGUGCUUCCUGUAUCACUUCCUCGUGUUCCUCAUGGUCCUAGUGUGCCUGAUAUUCAGUGUUCUGUCCACCAUCGAGCAGUAUGCAGACUUUGCAACAGGAUCUCUCUUCUGGAUGGAGAUUGUACUGGUGGUGUUUUUCGGGACGGAGUAUGUGGUCCGGCUGUGGUCGGCCGGCUGUCGGAGCAAAUAUGUGGGCAUUAAAGGCCGUCUGCGGUUCAUCAGGAAACCCAUCUCCAUUAUAGAUCUGAUAGUGGUCGUGGCCUCUGUCGUGGUUCUGAGCGUCGGGUCCAAUGGCCAAGUGUUCGCCACAUCCGCAAUCAGAGGGAUCCGUUUCCUUCAGAUCUUGCGUAUGUUGCAUGUGGAUCGUCAGGGUGGAACGUGGAGGCUUCUGGGAUCAGUGGUUUUUAUUCAUCGGCAGGAGCUGAUCACCACGCUGUACAUCGGCUUCCUAGGUCUGAUCUUCUCGUCGUAUUUUGUCUAUCUGGCGGAGAAGGACGCGGUCGACGAAGAGGGGAAGACGGGUUUUUCUAGCUAUGCUGAUGCUCUGUGGUGGGGCGUGGUCACAGUGACUACGAUAGGCUACGGAGACAAAGUACCUCAGACGUGGAUUGGGAAGGCCAUCGCCUCCUGCUUUAGCGUGUUCGCGAUCUCUUUCUUUGCUCUGCCUGCGGGCAUUCUGGGAUCUGGUUUUGCUCUUAAAGUCCAGCAGAAACAGAGACAGAAGCAUUUUAACCGGCAGAUUCCAGCCGCAGCCUCUUUAAUACAGACGCUGUGGAGAUGCUAUGCCUGCGAGAAGUCAGACGGCUGUACGGCCACAUGGAAGAUGUACGUGCUGACAGGCGACUACAUCCCCAUCAUAAACUCAGAAAACUCCAGCCCAGGCAACUUCAGACGUUUGAGUAAGCGGUACAAACGGAAGCCGAAGGUCACGCGUGAUAACGGUUCUCUGGGUCCCGGAGGAGAACGCGCCCUCUCCAUCCCACAAAUCACCUACGACCACAUCGAUGAUAAAGAUGGAGUCUUUUCAGAGGAGUCCACAGGCAUCACAAAACUCUUUCGAUCAUCAGACCGCCAGCGCUCGUGGUCGGCUUUCGCUCUCAGCUGUCCUUCUUCUCCAGUUAAGAAAAAACUAGACGGCCCUGAUAUCUCUCGAAACAACAGCCUGGUGGAUGAACUGGACUUCUCGGCUGAAGACAUCCCUCUGCCUGUGGUUACAGACGCUUCACAUCUGUUGAGAAGCCCGUUUGUGGCAAAGGAGGAAGAAUCAGUCUCUACUCAGCACCUGAAUACAACAAGACUUUCCCACGCACACAGAUCUGCCAUCAAGGUCAUCAGGCGGAUGCAGUACUUUGUGGCUCGACGAAAAUUUCAGCAAGCGAGGAAACCAUACGACGUGCGGGACGUGAUCGAGCAGUAUUCGCAGGGCCACCUGAACAUGAUGGUCCGCAUCAAAGAGCUGCAGAGAAGGUUGGAUCACACUUUGGGAAAACCGGGAAUGUUCCUGCCAGAGAAAGGUGUGGAUAAGGAAUAUUAUACGGUGGGAGCGCGGCUCAUCCGACUGGAAGAUAAGGUGCUUCAGAUGGACGUGAAGCUGGAGAACGUCCUGAAGAUCCUGAUGGAGCAUUUCCAGCCCAAACCAGAGCUGCUGCAGAAACCCAACCAGUACAGCUCUCGCGUCACCGUCAUGAAACGGCUGGGCGUCAGCAUGGACGAGAGCCAGUGACCCGCUCGCAUUGAGAACUCGCGCUAUGCGUUGUGGGAAACGGAGUCCGACAGGAAGAACUCUGCGUUUCCCGUUUCUGUCUAGGAACUGAACAAGCUCCUAAACUGUCCAUAUUUCGUCAUUUGAUUAGUUUUAUGAUCACAGAGGGACUCCAACGGUGGCGUUCCGAGUCUGCGGGACCCGUUUCGGACGGUUCUCGCGAACGAAACAGAGGUUGAAAUCAUAAAUCACAUUUCCAACCACAACACCGAUCCAGAGCCCGCAGGAACACGAACAUGGCGAGCAUGUGCUCGGGGAAUGAAAGCCGCCGUUGAUGUAUGGCUGUGGUAGGGCUUAUCAAAAUAGCAAAACACCCAUGAUAGAUCCUAAUGAAGUUUAAUAGCGCGCCGAGAAAGAAGGCUAUUCACAGUUGUUGACGUUUAGAGGAGAGCCAAGAUUCCCAACAGCCGAUCUGUCAGGACUCCAGUGGCAUUUUUUCCCCUCUAAGCACCUUUCAGAUGCGUGCGUUUGAUCCAAUCUCUGAUUAUUUUUCUCAUCCAAAAUAAUUAAAGGUCGAAAGGCGAGGCAAGUUGACGGAAAAAGCGAUUCAUUUCCAGAAAACACAAGGACCUGGCUUGAAUCUGUUCUUCCUGGAUGUUCAUCUGUUGGCCGUUUGCCUAGUGCUGAAUUAACAUUGAAUUAAUUUUUUUGUAAAGCAAAAAGCCAGAGCAUGUUACAGUGAUGUAAGGGGGUGUUUUUACUUCUAAAACCAUUGUAAAAUCACUGUAGCUUCAAGUGACUUGUUGCUUUUGUGAAGUGCAGAUGAAAGCAAUAUGGAAAAAUAUGGAAAUGCUCAAUAUGUAGUUACGUUUAUUGAUAAUAAAUAACAGCAUAAUCAUUAAAACAUCUUGUACACUACAGUUCAAAAGCUUGGAGUUUUAAAAUGUUUUUAUGCUUUGAUUCUCACCAAGGCUGUAUUUACUUGAUCAAAAAUGCAGUAAAAUUGUGAAAUAUUAUUGCAAUUUAAUAGAACUGUUUUACGUUUUAAUAUAUUUUAAUAUUAAAUAUAUUCCUGUGAUUAAAGCUGAAUUUUUAGCAUCAUUACUCCAGUCUGUAAUGUCACAUGAUCCUUCAGAAAUCAUUCUGAUAUGCUGACUAGAUGCUCAAGAAACAUGAUUAUUAUGUUGAAAACAGUCGUACUGCUGAAUAUUUUUAUGAAAUGCAUGAUUUUUUUUCAGGUUUCUAUAAAAAAAUUGGAAAUAUAAAUAUUUAAUUUAAUUACUUUCUCAUUUCUUAAAAUCAAAAACCACAGGCUUUUGAACAAUAGUGUAAACAUUAACAUAAUGCAUUUUAUAGUUAUUAUAAAAUACUAUUUUAAUAAAUGUCAACAUUGUUAUCAUUAUCUAACACUAGCCAAGCCUAUCAUCUAGUAUCAUGGUACUAACUUGUUAAUCAUGCUAACAACAUAUUAGUAACAUGCUAGUCAUGCUAGAAUCAUGUUAGCAACAUGCUAAUCAUGCCAAUAACAUGUUAGUAACUUGUUAAUCGUGCUAGAAUCAUGCUAAGUAAGUUGUUAAUCAUGUUAGCAACAUGUUAGUAACAUGCCAAUCAUGCUAGUAACGUGAUAAUCAUGUUAGCAACAUGCUAGUUACUUGUUAAUCAUGCUAGCAACAUGUUAGUGACAUGCUAGUCAUACUAGAAUCAUGCUAGUAACUUGCUAAUCAUGCUAGCAACAUGCUAGUAACUUGUUAAUCAUGUUAACAACAUGUUAGUAACUUGCCAAUCAUGCUAAAAACAUGGUAGCAACAUGCUAAUCAUGCUAGAAUCAUGCUAGUAAGUUGUUAGUCAUGUUAGCAAUAUGUUAGUAACAUGACAAUCAUGUUAGUAACUUGAUAAUCAUGUUAGCAACAUGCUAGUUACUUGUUAAUCGUGCUAACAACAUGUUUGCAACAUGUUAAUCAUGUUAGAAUCAUGCUAGCAACAUGCUAAUCAUCCUAAAAACAUGCUAGUAACUUGUUAAUCAUGAUAGAAACAUCUUAGCAACAUGCUAGUAAUAAUGUUAACAACAUGUUAGUAACUUGAUAAUCAUGUUAGCAACAUGCUAGUUACUUGUUAAUCAUGCUAGCAACAUGUUAGUAACAUGCUAGUCAUACUAGAAUCAUGCUAGUAACUUGUUAAUCAUGUUAGCCACAUGUUAGUUAUUUGUUAAUCAUGUUAAUAACAUGUUAGUAACUUGCUAAUCAUGCUAAUAACAUGUUAGUAACUUGCCAAUCAUGCUAAAAACAUGGUAGCAACAUGCUAGUAGCUUGUUAAUUAUGCUAACAACAUGUUAGUAACAUGCUAAUCAUGCUAGAAUCAUGCUAGUAAGUUGUUAGUCAUGUUAGCAACAUGUUAGUUACUUGUUAAUCGUGCUAACAACAUGUUUGCAACAUGUUAAUCAUGUUAAUAACAUGCUAGUAACUUGCUAAUCAUGCUAGAAAUAUGUUAGCAACAUGCUGGUAACUUGUUAAUCAUGCUAUCGAUAUGUUAGUACCGUACUAAUCAUGCCAGAAUCAUCCUAGUAACUUGUUAUGUGUGUUAGAAACAUGCUAGUUACUUUCUAAUCAUGCUUACAACAUGCUAGCAACAUGUUAAUCACGGUAACAGUGUCCUAGUAACUUGCUAAUCUUGCUAGAAACAUGUUAACAACAUGCUAGUAAUUUGUUAAUCAUGCUAACAACAUGUUAGUAACAUGCUAAUCAUGCUAGCAACAUGAUAAUCAUGCUAAUAACAUGCUAGUAACUUGCUAAUCAUUAUAGAAACAUGUUGGCAACAAUGUUGAUCAUGUUAGAAUAAUGCUAGUAAAUCAUGUUAGUUACUUGCCAAUCAUGGUUACAACAUGGUAGUAACUUGUUAAUCAUGGUAGAAACAGGCUAGCAACAUGAUAAUCAUACUAAUAACAUGCUAGUAACUUGUUAAUAACAUGCUAAUCAUGCUAAGAACAUGCUAACUUUAUGACAGUCAUGCUAACAAUAUGCUAAUAAUGCUAAAAAUGUGCUAAUGAUGGAAAUCAUGUUAGAAACAUGCUAGUAACGUGUUAAAAACAUGAGUUGCAACAUGUUAACAAAAUGCUAAUUAUGCUAACAUGCUAGUCAUGCUGCAAACAUGCUAGCAACAUACUAAUCACGUCUGAAACAUCCUAGCAACAUGCUAAAAACAUGUUAAUCAUACUAGCAACAUGUUAACUUCAUACGAAUCAUGCUAGCAACAUGUUAACAUGCUACAAACAUAUUAGCAACAUGUUAAUCAUGUUAGAAACAUCCUAGCAACAUGGUAACAACAUGCUAAUAAUGCUAACAACAUGAUUAGCAACAUGUUAACUACAUGAUAAUUAUCUAAUGUUGACCACGUUAGCAACAUGUUUGCAACUUGUUAAUCAUGCUAGCAACAUGCUAAUAACAUGCUAGUAACUUUCUAAUCAUGCUAGAAACAUGUUAGCAACAUGCUAGUAAUAAUGCUAACAACAUGUUAGUAACAUGCUAAUCAUGCUAGAAUCAUGCUAGUAAGUUGUUUGUCAUGUUAGCAACAUGUUAGUAACAUGCCAAUCAUGCUAGUAACGUGAUAAUCAUGUUAGCAACAUGCUAGUUACCUGUUAAUCAAACAGGCUAGCAACUUGCUAAUCAUGCUAUAAACAUGUUGUCAACACCUAUCUUGUCAAUCUAAAUUGUCAAACUUCAAGCUUUUACAACAGCUUUAAACCUAAAGUUUGUCUUGACAAACUUUUUU